CCCAGGGAGGCUGAAGAGGCAUUUGAACCGGCCCGUGUUCAGGAAACGACAUACUUACAGGACUGCUUAUAUAUUUAAACUAAUGUCGUACACCAAACUCACCUCGGCCCUUGUUAGGGCCAACAAGGACAACAUCAACAGGAUACGACUUUUAUCCGGCAGGCUUCGAUCCACAGUGGCAUCCACUCAGCCCAAAGAGAAGUCAAAGGAGCUUCUAGGUGAAGAGUUCGCACUGGUGAAACCGGUUCAGGUCGACUUAAUAAGUGAAACAAAACAUGUGGCAAAUGCUCAACCAUGCAAGGUUGAAAUCGAUUUUGAGAACACAAAAGAAGCAUACAGAAGCAAAGACAACAUCGAGCUGCUCAGAAGUCUCCUCGUCUUCAAAUUAUGUACAUUUGAUAUCCUUGUUGACAAAAACAAGGAGUUGAUGGCUCUGAGUAAGAAGGUGUUCGGCCAGCGUCUAUUUGAGAAGCUGAUGAGGAUGACCUUCUACGGUCAGUUUGUGGCUGGAGAAGACCACGAGUCCAUCAAACCUUUGAUUCGGAAGAAUCAGGCUUUCGGGGUAGGGGCCGUUCUGGACUACAGUGUCGAAGAGGACUUAACACCGGAGGAGGCAGAGAAGAAAGAAAUGGACUCGUGUGUAUCUGAGGCAGAGAAAGAAAGUCCAGAACCGGCAAUUCACCAAUUCCUUGUGCAAGAACCUGACCACAAUAACGACCGGGAGAAGAAGUACAAAGCCCAUCGCCAGUUCAGCGACCGGCGCGGAGGUGUCACCAGUGCCCGCACGUACUUCUACGCCGAUGAAUCCAAGUGUGACAACCAGAUGGAGACCUUCAUCAACUGCAUCCGGGCCUCCGGUGGAAGUUCUGUAGAUGGAUUCUCUGCCAUUAAAAUGACCGCUCUGGGGCGACCGCAGUUCCUCCUCCAGUUUUCCGAGGUCCUGGUCAAAUGGAGGCGGUUCUUUAAUGUUCUCGCUGCACAGCAAGGGAAAUCCGGAUUGACUGCUUUAGAGCAAACGCUGGAUCUGGAACCGCUGAAGGAGAGUUUGACCAAACUCGGCGUUGGAGCCAAGAAUGACAUUGAUCAUUUGUUGACUGGAGAGAAACUUGGGUCGUCAGGUACUAUAGAUCUACUUGACUGGAAUAGUUUAAUCGAUGAUAGGACGGAAAUUUCUAAUCUACUGAUGGUCCCAAAUCUACAGACUGGGAAGCUCGAGCCUUUGUUGAAGAAGUUUACUGUGGAAGAGGAGAAGCAGAUGAAGAGGAUGUUGCAGCGUGUGGAUGUUCUGGCCAAGCACGCCAUGGAGAACGGCGUUCGCCUGAUGGUGGACGCGGAGCAGACGUACUUCCAGCCCGCCAUUAGCCGUCUCACCGUUGAGAUGCAGAGGAUCUUCAACAAGGAGAAGCCCACCAUCUUCAACACCUACCAGUGUUACCUCAAGGAAGCCUACGACAACGUCAUCGUGGACGUGGAGUUGGCGCGGCGCGAGGGAUGGCACUUUGGGGCCAAGCUGGUGCGGGGCGCCUACAUGUACCAGGAGAGGGAUAGGGCGCGGGAGAUCGGCUACGAAGACCCCAUCAACCCUGACUACGAGGCCACCAAUCAGAUGUACCACAAGUGUUUGGAGUUGGUGCUGGAGGAGAUCGAGCAGAACAGGAAGGCCAAUGUCAUGGUAGCGUCGCACAAUGAAGACACAGUGAAAUUCACCAUACACAAGAUGAAUCAGAUGGGACUUUCACCCACGGAGAAUAAAGUCUACUUUGGACAACUGCUGGGCAUGUGCGACCAGAUCAGUUUCCCCCUAGGUCAGGCCGGUUUUCCAGUGUACAAGUACGUGCCGUACGGGCCGGUGAACGAGGUCAUUCCCUACCUGUCCCGUCGGGCCCAGGAGAACCGCGGCAUGAUGAAGGGGUCCCAGAGGGAGCGCACCCUGCUGUGGAAGGAGCUGAUGCGCAGGGUCCUGGGGGGGCAGAUCCUCUACAAGCCUGUUUACUGAAACCACCCCCCCCCACACACACACACACGCACACACACACACACACACACACACACACACACACACACACACACACACACACACACACACACACACACACACACACACACACACACACACACACACACACACACACACACACACACAAAACUUACCAUCAUCAUCAUCACCAUCACCCACCCCCAGACCUCUCCAUUCACAUCCAAUCCCUAUAAGCAUUCCACUGUGUUGUAGAAAGAAGACCUCUAUGAGAAGUGCCUCCUCUUAAUAGUAAUUAAUAUUUUCUUCCUGCUCUGAACAUGUUACUGUGUGCACAUUGUAUUUUUAAGUCACUUUAACUCGAGUGUGCUUGCGUUUGCGUUCAGUGCCUCAAAAGCAAUGCAAGCCUUUGUGAAGGCCCUCUCACCUACCGACUGGAGGUGAUCAUCUCUCACCAGGUUCUUUGUUACUACCAUACACUCCUUAGAAGAGUAAUGACAGGUUUCUAAAGUGUGACUUUUGAUUGUUUUUAAGUGUCUUUGUUGCGGAUGUCUAUUGAUUAUUUGAUAUAUUCAAUAUAGUAUAGUUAAUGAACAUUGCUCGUUACGAAACUGUUGGGCUGUUAAACUGCUCUGUUCACUGUGAACUCCGGGAUUCGAGCACGCAUCCGUCAGGUGGGGACUUUUCACCCAAUGGGUUCUCAGUCACAUCCUGUCCGGAUGUGUCUGGUUGUCAUUCGUAUCCACCUGGUGCGAUUUGUGAUCUGAUUGUUUUUUUGUCUUAUAUUUCUAUCGUGAUCGAAUCUCGGUAGUGUGGACGCAAUCCGUGAGGGAGCUAAGGGAUCUGAUCACAAAUCCGGCCACAUCUUUUGCGUUCGAGGCUCCCGAGGACUCAGGGAUGGGGUGUGAUCACAAGAGUACAGCUGCAUUGAGACAACCCAUGUCACCAAAGCUGCUGAGGCUUUUGACUCUUGUUGCAACGGUUUUGAUCAAGUCUAACCUUUCUGUUCCGCUUAACAGUUAUUGCCGUAUUGAAAUGUUCCUGUACUGAUUUACAUGAUAUUAAGUAAGAGAAAACAGAGGACAGGAUCAGUAUUUAUUUUUGUCAGACACAGUCAAAUGUUUCUGAAUCAUUUACCAAGUAGGGUCAAUUUCUGCAAAUAAUAAUAAUAAAAUAAUAAUACCCUGGUAGAAAUCAGUGUUUGUUUUCUUUCUGUAAUCCAGUUUAAAUAGUGGAAUGGGAGUCUCGAUGUGGAGAACACUGUACCAGCAGCAGCUGUGUUAUUCAACCAGAUCCUUUCUCUUGAUCCAGGGACCCCGCUGGAGGUCUGACCCUGGGUUCUGAUGUCUUCGUGUCAGGAGGUUUAAAGAGAGCAUCAUAAAUGGAAGCCAUCGCUCAAAAUCGCGCAUUUUCUCCUCUGAAAUGUUGGUGUGCUUAAGAGGACCAAUGCAUGUGUCUUUAACAAUAACUAACUAUUUGCACACAGUAUGGCUGACAGUUCCCUGUACGCCUGCGGAUGUGGGUUUUGUGUUCAUCAACAAGCAAAACCAGUGGAUUUUAGACACUUCGACAACUCCCAAUGCAAAAGAAAAUCCUUAAAAAUGUUGGCCACUUUAGUUGAAUAGGCUGAACGUUGUUUUGUUCAUUGUGCGCUCUCCCUCCUUUUGAGUGUUGUUAAAUUAAUUUCGUUGUAAUGAGUUGCAACUUUUAACUACUGCCAGAUGGGUAACCAGGAUGAGUGCCAGGCCUUGCUAUUGUAUU